AUGAUAUGGAGACAGGCACUUGCAAUAUUCAUCUGUGGUGGUUGUGAAGGAAAUGCAAACAAUUUUCAUACUAAAGAAGCCUGUGAAAUUAGAGAAAUCUGUGACUUGCCUAAAGACCCUGGUCCAUGUGAGGCAUUUAUGCCACACUUUUAUUAUGAUAAGAACACAGGGACUUGUGAGCUCUUCAUCUAUGGUGGUUGUAAAGGAAAUGCAAAUAAUUUUCGUACUAAGGAAGCCUGUGAAAAUGCAUGCCAAAGCCAACCAGGUAUUUGCUACUUGCCUAAAGAAGUCGGUCCAUGUGAGGCAUUGAUGCCACGCUUUUAUUAUGAUAAGAACACAGGGACUUGUGAGCUCUUCAUCUAUGGUGGUUGUAAAGGAAAUGCAAACAAUUUUUCUACUAAGGAAGCCUGUGAAAAUGCAUGUCAAAGCCAACCAGGUAUUUGCUGUGUGUGUUAUUUGUGUGUUGCUCAACGUUGA